CCUCUCCUUAAUCCAACACAGCCUCCCACCACCAUCCCUCUCCCCUUACAGCUGCUGCACCGCGCCGACCGCAAACCUUAACGGCGACUCCGACCUCUCUCUACCAGCUGCCAUUCGCAAUCCUACCACUACUUUAUCGCUUCCUUCUUCCAUCGCUCCGGCGCCGUAUCUCGAUCCGAACGAUCAGACCCUCAACCUUAAAACGGCGGUUGUCUCUUCCAUCGCUCGUCUCAUCCCCACGUUCCCGACCGACCGACCGAUCCGAAUCAUCAAACAUCAACCCAAUCAGCCAAAAUGCCAGCUUACGAACUCCGAUCCGGUGGUGAUGUCAAGAAUAAGAAGCAAAGUGUGGCCGACCUCAAGUACCGUCGCCUGACAGAGCUCAAUGCCCGUCUAAAGGAGGAUCUCGACCGGCCCCGCGUCAAAGUCUCGGAAGCCGCCUUGUCUCUGAUCAAUUACUGCAACAACACCCGCGACUUCAUGGUACCAUCUGUAUGGGGUCAGGUCGACAAGCGGGAAGACCCAUAUGCUCCUCAGCAGCAGGGCGGCUGCUGCACAGUCAUGUAAUGGACCCCAUGGCUAUUUUAAUACCUCUCGAACUCGAGCUCUCGACCCCGCCGAUGGCCGACUUACGGCGUUCUCAUUUCUUUAAUAUCCCCUCCUGC